AUGCCAUCAGUACACAUUCGCAAACCCUUCGCGGCGGCCUUCGUGAUAUUACUCCUAGGAGCCGCCUACCUCGGACUCAGCAACCCAAAGAUACCCCAGUAUGGCCAGAGCGACAAAGGUCUUCACUUCUUCACCUUCUUCCUCAUUACCCUCACCUUCUACUGGAUCCUCGAGAUACCCCGACGUCGCGCCAUACACGUCACCCUCCUGGUCUGCACGGGGGCCUUCUCCAUAAGCUCGGAGAUCGUGCAAGCUCUCUUACCCAACGGUCGAGAAUUCGAUCCCUUCGACAUCCUCGCCAAUGUGGUAGGCUCAGCCCUAGCCUUGACACUAUGCAGCUGGUAUCACAAACGCAUGCUUGAGCGAAAACGGAAGAACAAGCACUAUGAUAUCGUGCCUGGCGACGAGCCGGCAGACGAUGAGGAGGAUGUGGAGAGGGAUGUGGAGCUUGGGAAUGUGAGCGGGCAGGAGUCUGGGACAGUCUCUGUCGAAGCCAAUGGGCAGGCUGAGGCAGGUGCUACUAGUAAGGCGACGAAUGUGACGGAGGAGCUGGACAACUGGGAUGAGAAUGAAGAGGACUGGGAUGACGGUGGGGGUGGGAAUGCUGCAGCAGCAUCAACGGCAAAUGAAACAGAACCCGAUCCUAAGAAGCGGACUGAUUAG